AUGCUACCUUUUCAGUUGAAACCCUCUGACAGCCCAGGCCCAGAUGUUCGGACGGUAGCUCGAGUGGUCACAGUUGAGAAGGAAAAAGAAAAGGUCGCCACCAACGACGCAAACGAGAGUGACUGGAAGGACAAGUGCAUGCUACUUGAGGACGAGAAGGUGGACUUGGAGAACAAGAUUGCAGAGUUGAACCAACAGGUCACGGUGCUAGCAGAGAAGCUUCAAGAAGUGGGAGGAGAGCAGGCCAUACGCGAGGUGCAAGAAAAAAUCAAGCUGAGCCCUGUCAGAAAAAAGAAGAAGAAGCAACGGGCCUAUCAGCGUCUGUACGAGGACGCCCAGCGACGGAUCAUCAAUAUGCGGGUUCAGGCCAAGUCUUUGGCAGAAGAACAAGAGAAGGAGAUCGGCCAGUGGCGAAAGACAGUGGUGGGAGAGAAGUCUAUCAAGAUCAUCGAAAAUAUCAGCAAGAUGCACAAAGCCGUCAGCACCGCCCAGCGACGCCUGACGCAUGCGAUGCUGCAGUUUCAGGUUGAGAACCUGAACCAGGGCUUCGAGGACGGCCAGGACAGCCAGGAGCUACCUCUGGAGGACAGCCAGGACACUCAGGACACGCAGGAUAGCAACGAGGCUGCCAGGGAGGAGAUGCACUCCGUUUGGGAUGAUGAUGACGAAGAAGAGGAUGAGGAGGGUGAGCUGAGCCCCCUCCCCCUUUCCUUGAACCUACCAAAGAGCUCUCAGUCUCGAGCUGGUCAAGGCUCCUCCGGCAGCUUCAUGAAGCGCUUCAGCUUUGGGGUCACAGCGGCAUGUUUGAUCUCCUAG